CAAGCUCACGGGUGCAGCCAACGCGCGUGCAAGCAUCAAGGCCAGCCAUCAGCCACUGCAGGCCAUGGCCGACUGGGCGCCGCUGCCGCCGCUGCCGUGGCUGCCGUAUGCGCCGCUCGCCGGCGCGGCUCUGCUGGCGGCACGAGCAGCCGACAUCGGGCGACGCUUUGGCAGCACGGCUCGGCACGGCCUGCUGGCGCCGCCUGUGACUGAGGCCGACGUCGCUGCUCAGCGCGAUGGCUUGCACGCCCACGGCGCGCUGCCCGGCAGAGCAUACACGGCAGAUGACUUUGGUCGGCGCGGCGAGCGCGAGCAGCGCCACCGCGUGCUGCUCCUCGAGGCGCUCGCUCUCGUCGAGGUGCUCGUCUGGACCUUCGUCGCGAGCAUGCAGUAUGCUUCGAGCGAGGUAGACGCGGCCUCUGCACCAGCUGUUUCCGCCGCCGCGACAUGGCUUGUCUGUCUUCUAGUUCUCAUCGCACGGCCGCCGACGACUCCGCCUCUGCUGCUCGGCCUUGUGCUCCUGCUGCGCCUGCUUGUGCCGCUCAACGCUCUGCUUAGCAGCAUUCCGCUUCUACUCGAGGGCCACUUUGACGCUCGCGCCAAUCUGCCCUUCAUUGCCGAUGCACUUGUCACGCUCACGGCCUUGGGCCUCAUUGGUGCCAUGCCAGUCGCGCCCGGCGGCUGGGAGGGCCAGGUGCCAGCAGAAGAGCGACGGCGUAUCCUUGAAGGCAAACCGAUCGCGGAGAUGGCCGACAUCAAGGCCAGCUACGAGCUCUGCCCGACGACGCCCGAGGACUACACCUCGCUGCUUGCCUCGCUCACAUACUCGUGGAUGGGACCCAUGCAGAAGUUGGCGCUCAAGCGGCCGCUCGUGCCAACGGACGUGUGGCGUCUGCGUGCCGUGAACGACGUCGACCUGCUCUCGCAGGCAUUCAGCGCACAUCGCGGACCUGCGUCUCGGCCUCGCCUCGGGCGCGCGCUCCUGCGUGCAAACGCACGCAACAUCUGCCAAGACGCUGCGUUCAAGCUGACGUCUGUCAGCCUGGCGUACGCUGGGCCAGUCUUCAUGCGGCGCAUCCUCGAAGCGCUCUCGGCAGAAGACACUUCACGCCCGGGCGAGUGGGGUCCGCGCUCGUAUGCAUUGUCAUAUGCUGUCGCCACGCUCGUCUUCACGGGCCUGCGCUACGUCACCGAGGUGCGCAGCUACCAUUGUGCCCGCCAGGUUGGGCUGCGCAUCCGCAUCUGCCUCGUCAACGAGCUGUUCGUCAAGGCGCUCAAGCGACGCGACGUCAGCGGCGUCGCUGUGGCAGCAGAGACGCAGAAGGCCUCAGAGAGCAUGCCAUUACUCGCGGAGGCGAAGAAGCCGAAAGGCUCAGCGGCGAAGCAGGACCAGAAAGAGGACAGCGCCGAUGUGGGCAAGCUCGUCAAUAUCCUCAGCUCGGACAUCAACGUGCUGCUGCGUGCUGGCUGUGACGCUCAUCAGCUCUACGGUGCGCCGAUGGAGGCCGUGCUCGCCAUGGUGCUGCUCUACCGCCUGCUCGGCUGGGCCUCUCUCGCCGGCGUCGUGCUGCUCAUCGCGGCGCUGCCAGUCAACUGGCUGAUCAGCCGCGUAGCGGUCCGAGUGCAGCGCAAGUGGCGCACUGCGACCGACCGGCGCGUUGCACUCGUGGCCGAGCUGCUCACGGCCAUCCGCUUCGUCAAGCAGCAGGGCAUCGAGUCGCGCUGGUGCGACCGCGUGCUGGCGGCGCGCGAGAAGGAGCUGGCGGCGCUGAUCGUCGUGCGCAUCACCGAGCUGGGCUUCGUUGCGCUGUGGCUUGUCACGCCGAUCCUUGUGACGCUAUGCUCGCUCUACGUCUACACCUCGGUGCAGAGCCAGGUCCUGACAGUGCCAGUCGCGUUCACUGCGGUGACGCUUUUCGCGAUGCUCCGCUCGCCUCUCAACGUCAUUCCGGCGUUCCUGAUGGUCGCACUCAACUCACUCGUCUCACUGCGCCGCUUGGAGGCGUUCCUGACCGAGGAAGAGGUGGACGAUGCAGUCUCGUCGCUGAAGGCGCACGAUGCGGCCGGUUCAGGUGUUCGCUCUGCCAUUGCGUCGGAAGAGAGCGACGAUCAUGAGCUACCGCUCGGGUUCGAGGGACCUGCUCGCUUCAUGUGGAAUCAAGCAUCCUCCUCGCGCGGCUCAGCAACGCCGCAAUUCUGCCUCGAGGUUCCCAGCAUCGACUUCCCGCCCGGUGCACUGACGGUGGUGACUGGACGCAUUGCUGCCGGCAAGUCAAUGCUUCUGCAUGCGCUUCUGGGCGAGCUGCGCUGCUCGUCCGGGACCCUCCGAUUGCCCAAGUUCAGCGGCGGUGUCUCGCGCAUCUCCUUUGCUGGCCAGACGCCUUGGCUGCAGGCCGGCAAGAGCAUCCGCGACAACAUCUGCUUCGUGACCGACUAUGACGCAGCUCGCUAUCGUCUCAUUGUCGACGCAUGUGCUCUGCGGCUGGACAUCGACGCCCUGGAGGACGGAGAUGAUACUCAGAUCGCUCGUGACACCCUUUCCGGUGGACAGCGAGCACGCGUUUGCCUUGCUCGAGCCCUCUACGCUCGCUCGCACACCGUCAUUCUGGACGACGUGCUCUCUGCCGUCGAUGCAAAGGUCCAGCAGCACCUGGUGCAGCACGCUCUUUUGGCGAAGGAGGUGACUGGAGGUCGCCGCAUCAUCAUCGCCACGCAUCAUCCGAAGCUGCUUGAGGAGCACGCCGCAAUGAUGCUCACGCUUCAUGACGGCAAGGUGGUGAACGUCGCGCGGCAAGCAGCCCCUCUCGAGGUGGCCUCGUCGCUCGGCACCGAUGCUGGACCAAGCACCUCCGCAUCCUCAGCCGGCUCGACCGCCUCAGACGGACUCAAAGACGCGGCUGCAAGACCGGCACCGCAGGAAGAUGCUGUGCAGCCCAAGAGCGCACGGCUGCUCUAUCAGCUUGAGGGCCGACGUCAAGGCGCCGUCGCGUGGGGCCUCUUCAGCGUCUAUGCCCGCGCUUCGUCAUCGGUACCCUGGCUCGCUAUUCUGCUCCUCACCAUCCUCUUCCGCGUCGCGAUCGGCUCCGAGCAGGGCUGGCUCAAGUGGUGGGGCGAGGCUUCGCGCCAGCACGUUCCGAAGCGUGUGGUGUCCUGGCUUCCGUCUCUUCCGCCUGCGGAGGGGCACGAGCGCUUCUACCUGCUCGGCUAUGCUGUGAUCGGCAUUGCCAUGAUCGUGCUAGUGCUCAUCAAGCAGCUAGUGUUCUACUUCGCCACGCUGGCCGCCUCGCGCCGCCUCUUCCGCACGCUCUUCACGAAUCUGGUCCGGGCGCCGAUGAGCUGGUACGAUGCGAACCCGCUGGGACGUGUCAUUCAGCGCUUGGGUGCCGACUUCUCUGUCGUCGACACCGAUCUCCCAGGCUCAAGCCUCAUGCUCUUCAACGACCUGUGGGCCCUCGCGACGUAUCUGCUGCUCUGUGCGCUCAUCGUGCCGUGGUUUCUGCUGCCGUCUGCGCUGCUACUCGCGUUCGGUCCGCGCUACGUACGCGGCUUCCUGGCCGCCACGCGGGACAUGCAGCGCAUCGAGAGCACGAGUAGCAGCCCGAUGUACCAAGCGUUCAGCCAGGCGUUGCAAGGCGUGGUGACGCUGCGUGCUUUCGGCGCGGAGGCACAGGCUGCCGCACACAUGCGCGACAUCACGAGCACGACCAUGGCGCUCUGGUGGGCCAUCGCCACAAGCGACGUGUGGUGCUCGUUCCGAUCGCAGAUCCUCGGCGGCGUGUCCGUCUUUCUGGCGACGGUGCUCGCCAUCACCGGCACGGUUUCGCCCGGCUCGGCCGGCAUCGUCAUGUCCUCUGCGACGCUCAUCACGCAGAUCUGCCUCUAUCUGACCGUCAACUGGAAAAACCUCUCGAACAACAUGAACAGCAUGGAGCGCGUGAUUGAGUACAUGGACGUCGAGAGCGAGAUCAAGGCCGAGCACGACCGUGAGCCUCCUGCCGCGUGGCCGUCGCGCCAAGCGACGAUUGCGGUCGAGGGGCUCUCGAUGAGGUACCGGCCAGAGCUGCCCGAGGUGCUGCGAGAUGUGUCCUUCCACAUCAACGCGCACGAGAAGGUCGGCAUCGUCGGGCGGACCGGCUCGGGCAAGAGCUCGCUGUUCACGAGCGCCUUCUUCCGCAUGGCGCCCCUGUCGGCCGGACGCGUGAUCAUCGACGGCCUCGACAUUGCGACGCUGCCGCUCGAGACGCUGCGCCAGCGCCUCGCCAUCGUGCCACAGGACCCGACGCUGUUCGGCGGUACCAUCCGCGACAACCUCGACCCGUGGGCGGAGCACAGCGACGAGGCGCUGCUGCAUGCGCUAGCCCGAGUGCAGGUCCGCGCCACGCACUCCAUCGCUGAUCGGCAGGGCAGUGCGGCGAGCGAGCAGGAAGGGUCCGUCAUUGCGCUCGACACGCCAGUAGCGCCGGGCGGUGCCAACUUCAGCGCUGGUCAGGCGCAGCUGCUGGCCCUAGCCCGAGCCCUUCUGCGCGAUGCACAGAUCGUGCUUCUAGACGAAGCCACGUCGAACACAGACCACCAGACGGACCAGGCCAUCCAGCGGACAAUCCGCGCUGAGAUGCAGCAGUCCAUCGUCAUCACGAUUGCGCACCGGCUCGAGAGUGUCGUCGACUACGACCGCAUCCUGGUGAUGGACGCGGGCCGCUGCGUCGAGUUCGACACGCCGGCAGCCUUGUUGUCGAAGGAGGGCGGUGCCUUUCGCACGAUGUGUCAGGCCGCCGGCCCGGCAGCGUUUGCGUCGCUGUGUAGAGGUGCUGGAUUGCUGCGCGAAUAGACUUAUUGCACGG